AUGAACGCCCCCAGCAAGAAUUCGCUGAUUUUGCAGAAAGCCCGCGAGACGCUUAGACAGAGUGAAGCACUUGUUGAUUACCUGGAGACACAUGGGAUCGAUGAACCCAAUUUCACGGCAUUUUCCCCUGCCUACCUAGCCGACAAGAAAUACGACGAUAUUUGUACCGAUCUGAGUCAAAUUGCAAAAGACCUAAUUCUCCUAGCUCAAGGACCAAUGCGAUGGUUGCGCAUCUUCUUUUGCUCUCAUCAUGAUUUAGGCGCCUGGCAGGCUGCAUUGCGCGUCGGUUACAUUACUAUUGUUCCCCUUAACCGACCUAUAAUGAUACAAGAUAUAGCUUCCGCCUCGAGAAUGGAUGUCGAUCGCACACGGCGUAUCAUGAAGUUGUUGGCUUCACAGCGCUGUUUUCAAGCAGUAAGGGAAGACGUAUAUGAGCACACCGCCAUGUCCGCAGUUAUCGCCCAGGAAAGGAAUAUAACGUCGGCAUUGACAAUUCAGGCAGACGAAAUGUUCGAAGCUUCUUCCUUAACAGCCGCUUCGAUUGCAAAGAAGCCAUUCGCAUCUCAUGCCACUCAUAGCGCCUUUAAUCUUAGAUUUGGCGCUUCUCCGUAUCAAUGGUUCAUGGCAAACCCUGAACGCGGAGAACGAUUUGCCUCCGCAAUGGCCGCUUUUGUCCAAAGUCAGCAAAUAGUCUCCUGA